AUGGCGGAUCCCAACCCUGUUCAAGAGGCUACCGCCUCCAUUGCCAACCUUCUUCUCGACGAUGUCACCGGCGAGAAAGUCUCCAAGACCGAAUUGAAGAGACGCCAGAAGCAGCGUGAGAAGGACGCCAAGAAGAAGGAGAAGGAGGCUGCUGCUCCCCCCAAGCCUAAGGCCGAGAAGAAAACAUCUGCCGAGGAGGACGAGGCCAACUUGACUCCCAACCAAUACUUUGAAAUUCGGAGCAAGAAGAUCCAGAAGUUGCGCGAGACCAACCAGCCGGAACCCUACCCCCACAAGUUCCAUGUCGAUACCGACCUCCGCGAUUUCCUCAAGAACUAUGAGGGCCUCCAGAAGGGCGAACAGAAGCCCGAGGUGACCGUUCGCGUUGCUGGCCGUAUCUACACCAAGCGUACCUCCGGCAACAAGCUGAACUUCUACGACAUCCGUUCGGAGGGUGUCAAGCUCCAGGUGAUGUGUCAAGCUCAGUUCGCAACCGGAAAGCCCUUCGAAGAACAGCACGAGCUACUUCGCCGAGGUGAUAUCGUGGGUAUCGUUGGUUUCCCCGGCCGAACCAACCCCAAGAACCGUGACGAUGGUGAACUUUCUAUCUUCGCUACGGAGGUUGUUCUCCUGACACCUUGCUUGCAUGCCAUUCCUUCCGAGCACUACGGAUUCCAGGAUAAAGAGCUGCGCUUCCGUCAGCGCUACCUGGAUCUCAUUAUGAACGACCGUAGUCGUGAAAUCUUCAGAACUCGUGCCAAGAUCGUGUCUUAUAUCCGCAAUUACUUUGACAGCCGUGAUUUCAUUGAGGUUGAGACUCCUAUGAUGAAUGCUAUUGCUGGGGGUGCUACAGCCAAGCCCUUCGUGACUCACCAUAAUGAUCUCGACAUGAAGCUCUUCAUGCGUGUCGCCCCCGAGCUCUACCUCAAAAUGCUGGUCGUAGGAGGACUGAACCGAGUAUAUGAAAUGGGCAAGAACUUCAGAAAUGAGGGCAUUGAUCUCACUCACAACCCCGAGUUUACCUCCUGCGAGUUUUACCAGGCUUAUGCAGAUGUGUUCGAUCUGAUGGAGACGACCGAAGAUCUUGUUUCGGGUCUAGUCAAGCAUGUUACUGGCGGCUAUGAGACAGUAUUCCACACUCAGUCUGGUGAAACCUACAACGUGAACUGGAAGGCUCCCUGGCGGCGAGUGGAGAUGAUGCCUGCUCUGGAGGAGGCUUGCGGCGAGAAGUUCCCUACCGGUGACCAGCUCCACACCGAGGAGACUAACCAGUUCCUCAAGCGCAUUCUGAAGAAGAUGAACGUGGAAUGCUCGGCUCCUCAAACUAAUGCUCGCAUGCUCGACAAGCUUGUUGGCGAGUUCAUCGAGAAUACUUGCAUCAACCCGACUUUCAUCACCGGUCACCCCCAGAUGAUGUCACCACUGGCCAAGAAACACCGCGAAAUUUCCGGUCUUUGUGAGCGAUUUGAAGCCUUCGUUUGUACCAAGGAGAUCACAAACGCCUACACGGAGUUGAACGAUCCCUUCGACCAGCGUAUGCGCUUCGAGGAGCAGGCCAACCAGAAGGCUCAGGGUGAUGACGAGGCCCAGAUGGUUGAUGAGACUUUCUGCCAAUCCCUCGAGUACGGUCUGCCUCCGACUGCUGGCUGGGGUAUGGGUAUCGACCGCCUGGUUAUGUUCCUUACCGACAACUACAGCAUCAAGGAGGUUUUGACCUUCCCCAUGAUGAAGGAUGACAAGACCGCUGCCGAGCCCAAGACUGCUGCCGAAGUCGCCGGCGUCGAGCCCAGUCCCGAAGAAGGAAUCCGUAUGUUAUUAAUAUCAGCAAAUUUCCACGAGCCGGUAUCACUGACGAUGAAUAUACAGCCCACAAAUGAAUAA